ACCUCCGGCAAUUUCUUUUGCCUCUGUACAUAACCGCCGAUCAGUCUCAGGCAUGGCUUCCGUCGCCCUCCGAAGUGCUAACUCUAAGCGCAUCUUCUCACCCUCUUCCUCAAUUUACUGGUGCUGUCGCGGCUCCAUCUCUUCUCAUAUCUCAGUCGCUGAUUCUCUCUCCGAGAAUGGGUCUGCUUUUGCUCUCGCUAACCCCUGGUGGAGGUCCAUGGCCACCUUUACUCGCACAAAGCCACACGUGAAUGUUGGAACAAUUGGACAUGUUGAUCAUGGAAAGACUACCCUAACUGCAGCAAUCACAAAGGUACUGGCAGAGGAAGGAAAAGCUAAGGCGGUUGCCUUUGAUGAGAUUGACAAGGCCCCUGAGGAGAAAAAGAGAGGAAUUACAAUUGCAACGGCUCAUGUGGAGUAUGAGACAGCUAAGCGUCAUUAUGCUCACGUGGACUGCCCAGGACAUGCAGAUUAUGUUAAAAACAUGAUUACUGGAGCUGCCCAAAUGGAUGGUGGUAUCCUGGUGGUAUCUGCAUCUGAUGGACCCAUGCCACAGACAAAGGAACACAUUCUGCUUGCACGACAGGUCGGUGUGCCAUCGCUAGUAUGUUUCCUGAACAAAGUUGAUACAGUUUCUGAUCCAGAGCUUUUGGAACUUGUGGAAAUGGAACUGCGUGAACUUCUCAGCUUCUACAAGUUUCCUGGCGAUGAAAUACCUAUUAUUAGGGGUUCAGCUUUAUCAGCUUUAGAGGGCACCAAUGAUGAAAUAGGGAGACAGGCUAUUUUAAAGCUAAUGGAGUCUGUGGAUCAAUAUAUUCCUGACCCAGUGCGGCAGCUUGACAAGCCUUUCCUCAUGCCAAUUGAAGAUGUUUUCUCAAUUCAGGGGCGUGGAACUGUUGCAACUGGCCGUGUUGAACAAGGGACCAUUAAAGUUGGUGAAGAAGUCGAGAUUUUGGGAUUAAUGCAGGGUACACCUUUGAAAACUACUGUCACUGGUGUUGAAAUGUUUAAGAAAAUGUUGGAUCAAGGAAUAGUAAGUAACUAUAUGCCUCCUUUUAACCUGCUGUGGUUGGCCAAAUGGCCACAUGUGCCACCCUUGGGUGGAGCCUUGCUGGUGCCACUGGGGACUAGUUAGUCUAGAAGGUCCAGAUACCCAUGUUAUCCAAGUAAAUUAAUACUUUUGCUACCAAGGCUUUUCUGCAUCUAUUGAAUUGUAUUAAUGGGCUCGUAAUUCUACUAGGCUGGUGACAAUGUUGGACUUCUUCUUCGUGGUCUAAAGCGAGACGAUAUACAACGUGGAAUGGUAAUUGCCAAGCCUGGAUCUUUGAAGACAUACAAGAGGUUUGAGGCAGAAACUUAUGUCCUCACAAAGGAUGAAGGUGGACGGCAUACAGCAUUUGCCUCAAACUACAGACCCCAGUUCUACAUGAGGACUGCAGAUAUUACUGGAAAAGUUGAAUUGCCGGAAAAUGUAAAGAUGGUUAUGCCUGGGGAUAAUGUUACUGCAACUUUUGAGUUGAUCCAACCUGUUCCUCUUGAAGCAGGACAAAGAUUUGCCUUGAGGGAGGGAGGUAGAACAGUUGGUGCUGGUGUAGUAUCAAAAGUACUUAGCUGAGAAGCUGCAAGUGCCAGAUCCGUUGUUAAUGCGUAAAGAACCGCAAACAGGGAGGAUCUCUCAUGGUCUGCAUCUGCUGCAACAUUUGUAUUAGGAACUACAAGAGAUUGUUAGUCUGGAAAGCUUAUCAUCAGCUUUUUGCCAAAAUUUUUUUUAACAAUUUUUUGUCAAACAGAGUUCUUCUUUCAACAUCCAUUUAACUUGGAAUAAUAAUCACGGUUGAACAGGUGACAAGGUACAAUGCUACGUGAUAAC